GAUAGGCAGGAAUUUAUUUACCCAUAUAAGAAGAAGGCUGACUCGCCGGAGGGCCGCGACCAGAAUGUUGAGGGGUAGCCGGUGCAACCACCCCUAGAAUAUACAUAGAUCCCGUUUGCGCCUAGUGUUAGUGUAAUACCGGGCGACUCGACCCGAGCUGCCCAGGCCCGAUAUUUCCCCCAAUUCCCUCCUUUUCAUCUCAAACAAACACAAGAUAAGACUACCUUAAUCUUGUUUCUCUUCUCAAUAGCAAUCCGAUUAAGUUACGUACGACAGCAGGUAUGUAUGGGUUUUUGCAUGAUGGAUGCCUCUCGAUGUCCUUGUACUCCUCAAUGGAACCUCGAUAGACCUUUCCUCACCGGCAAUUUCCACCAGGAAGAAAAAUCCACAUCUGUGCUGCCUGAGUCUAAGGGAAAUUCAGUCGAUAUUUGUUUGGAAUCUGAGAAGCCCAUUGGUUGCUACAAUGCUUCACUGCAGGAAAUGAUUGUAAUUGACGAUCUUCUGUCUGCUUUAACUGGUAUUGAUGGGCGAUAUAUUUCUAUCAAAAAAUCUGGAGGGGGUGAAGACUCUUUUAGCUUCCAUGUUGACGGAUCUAUGGAUUUGGCACUCCAGGAAUCAGCAAAACGGAUAUUCCCUUUGUGCAAGAGCUAUUUGCUCAUCAAUCAGUUUGUUGAGUCAAGAUCCCAGUUUAAGUCUGGAUUGGUUAAUCAUGCCUUUGCUGCUGCACUUAGGGCCCUCCUCCUAGACUACCAGGCUAUGGUGGCGCAGCUUGAACAUCAAUUUCGAUUAGGAAGACUCUCAAUACAAGGUUUAUGGUUCUAUUGUCAGCCAAUGAUGGGAUCAAUGCAAGCAUUGUCAAUAGUUAUAAAGAAGGCUUCGGCGUAUAAUUUUGUUGGUUCAGCAGUCCUUAACCUUCUACAGAGUCAGGCCAAGUUAAUGGCUGGUAACUACUUGGUGAGGUCAUUGCUGGAGAAGAUGAUAGACUCUGCAAAUUCGGCUUAUCUUGGCAUACUAGAAAGGUGGGUGUAUGAAGGACUUAUUGAUGAUCCACAUGACGAGUUCUUCAUUGCUGAGAACAAAUCUCUUCAAAAGGAGUCUCUUACCCAAGAUUAUGAUGCUAUGUAUUGGAGGCAAAGAUACAGUCUAAAAGAUGAUAUCCCUUCGUUCCUUGCAAAUUCGGCCGAAACCAUUUUAACAACAGGGAAAUAUUUAAAUGUCAUGAGAGAAUGUGGCCACACUGUUCAGGUCCCUGCAUUGGAAAAUUCAAAAUUGACCAGCUUUGGGUCCAAUGAUCACUAUCUUGAAUGCAUCAAAUCUGCCUAUGAUUUUGCUAGUGGGGAAUUACUAAAUCUCAUGAAGGAUAAGUAUGAUCUCAUUGGAAAGCUACGUUCUAUAAAGCAUUACCUUCUUCUCGAUCAGGGUGAUUUUUUGGUUCACUUUAUGGAUAUUGCCCGUGAUGAACUUGCUAAAACACCAAAUGAGAUCUCUGUUGAGAAGCUUCAGUCUCUCUUAGACAUUGCACUGCGUUCAACAGCUGCUGCCGCAGAUCCUUUGCAUGAAGACGUCACAUGUUCUGUGGACUCAUGUUCUUUACUAAAGAGAUUGAGCACCCUCAAAGAUCUACAAACAGGUGAGACUGUGGCAGAGACCGAAGAGCCCUUGAGUAUUACUGGUGUUGAAACCUUUUCUGUUAAUUACAAGGUUCAAUGGCCAUUAUCACUUGUGAUAUCAAGAAAAGCUUUGACAAAAUACCAGCUGAUCUUUCGGUUUUUGUUUCACUGCAAACACGUGCAUCGGCAACUUUGUGCAGCAUGGCAAGUACAUCAAGGAGCACGCACACGUGAUAGGCAUGGAACUGCAAUCUCUACUUCUUCAAUAUUGUGCCGUAACAUGCUUAAGUUUAUAAAUAGCCUUCUACAUUAUCUAACAUUUGAGGUUCUUGAACCAAAUUGGCAUGUUAUGCAUAAUAAACUCGAGAAUGCAAAGAGCAUAGAUGAGGUAAUCCAAUAUCAUGACUUUUUCAUGGAGAAGUGUCUGAAGGAAUGCUCACUUCUUUCACCAAUCCUCCUCAAGAAGUUAGAGAAACUGAAACUUGUAUGCCUACAAUAUGCCGCGGCGACUCAGUGGCUGAUGAACUCCAUUGAAGUUCCAGAAGACACCGACAAUCCCUCCUAUGAAAGUUGCAAGGUUUUAUUGAAGCUUAGGAAGCCUUCUAAGAAGCCUAAUUCAUCCACCCAGGAGUCAUCAGUCAUUCAAUGUGUCCUGAAAUUUGAAAGGGAAUUUACUAGUGAGCUUCAGAGUUUAAGGCCAAUUCUGAGCAGCAGGGCUCAGGCAGAACCAUAUCUGACUCAUCUUGCACAGUUGAUUCUUGGUGUUGGUAUGGAUCAACAGAUGAUGUAGAUUUUUGUGUGCCUGUUUACACGCAUGAUACAUAUCCUCUUAACGAUGGUGUGUGUAUUGCUCUGAUUGUCCAAAAGUAAUUUUUAAAUCUCCUUUAAAAUCAGUUCUCAAAUUAAAUGGAAUAUUUGUUUUUGAAAAAUACAUAAGUUAUUUUUAAGACUUGAGUUUCGUAGCAA